UUGCAAUUAUUUAUUUAUAUUGUAAUUUAAAUAUAUUUCAACAACUUCUGAAAGAUUUUAAUAAAAAAUCAUUGAUUUCCUUAUUUUAGAAAUCAUAUAUUAAUAAAAAUACAAAAUGAGUAAAAAGGAAUAUAAGUUUGUUCUGUGCCAAGAUUCAGUCGAUCCAGACCCUGAACUUCUUGUUUGGGAGAAAUGGAUAAAAAUUAGAAAAGAAGAAACAGAGCAUCUAGCUCUUAAAACAGCAAGAACUACAGGGGAACUGGUAAUGAAUUUAUGUGAAAAGACCCGUGAAAAGAAGGAAGAAAAAACAGUAUUAGAACAUGCACAAAUUCAGAAAAGGGUUGGAGUAAGAGGAACAUUAUGGGACCAGCCUGAUAGGCUAAAGCAAAAAUGUUAUUACGACCCUGUGUAUGAAGUACAAAGAACACGAGUUGAAAUGGGUCGACCAGCUAUCAUUCGGCAUAUUGGUGUCCCGAGACACAUACAGGAAACGGAAAAAGGCAUAUCAGGUCUGAAUUACAGGAAUUGAUUGUCAUAGGUACUAAAACGAAACCACCUACAAUAAAACUUCCACCACUGCCAAUUAUAAGA